AUGCAGACUUUUGUUGGAAUCAAGCUCGUGGAAGUUCUCCUGAACAACGCCUUUGCAGAUGCGGUGGAUGGCGGCCAGAAGGAUAAUCCCAUGGGUCCGAUUCUCUGUGUGUGCUUCACCAAUCAUGCUCUCGACCAGUUCCUGGAGGGCUUGAUCGCAAGUGGCAUAAAGAAUGCGCUCCAAAGCCCUGUGGAGAUCGACAUUGUUGAUUCCAAGCACGUGGCACCCGAUUAUUGGAACGAGUGGAAGCGGGGCUUGACGAAGGAAGCAGUUGUUCGUAGAAACAAAGGACUCAUGGAGGCCAUGAUGAAGCAUGCACCGGUAGUUGCGAUAGCAAGAAGUAGCCAGGAGGCAGCAACCAUGCAGAGUGCACGGGCAAUGGACACGUUCGGUGACCGAGCAUUGGAGGACCUGCUCGAAGUGGCAGAUCCAUGGGCAACCAGCCUACGGGAGAGACUGAAGCUUCUGAGGCAUUGGUUGGAGGAGCUCAAGGCGACUGCCAAUGCUGCUAUCGAAGCAGAGGUGGCGGAGAGUCGGGAGCUCAUGGAUAUAGAGGACCUGCAGGUGCUGAGGAAGGCGCAGGUGGUGGGCAUGACCACGUCUGGGGUGGCCAAGAUGCAGCGCCUCAUCACGGCGCUCGGCCCGCGAGUCAUCGUCGUGGAGGAGGCUGCUGAGGUGCUGGAAGCCCACAUUCUCACAUCGCUUACCCCGCAGACUCAACACGUCAUCCUCAUUGGCGACCACCUGCAGCUGCGGCCCAAGGUGGAGGUGUACGAGCUGAGCAAGGACUCCCAAAAGGGCUUUGACCUGGACGUUUCACUCUUCGAACGCCUCGCCCUCUCCAAGCAAAUCCCCAUUUACACCCUCGCCACGCAGCGCCGCAUGCGUCCGGAAAUCGCCAACCUUAUCCGCAGCACCAUCUACCCCCAGCUCACAGACCACCCAUCUGUUCAGAGCUACCCCGAAGUUCGAGGCAUGGCAACAAAUCUGCACUUUUGGGACCAUGACAGCCCGGAGAAGGGCGGUGAUUACCUAAAUGAGUCAAAGUCCAAGACAAACGAGGGAGAGAUGGACUUGGUGGUGGGUCUGGCGACGUACCUGCUGCAGCAGGGGUACGCGGGAGGGGAGAUCACCAUUCUCACCCCGUAUGUUGGCCAGCUGCUGAAGCUACGCCAGGCGCUCUCCCGUGUGGUCAAUGUGAAGCUGGGGGAGAGUGAUGCUGAGGUGGUGGAGGAGGCGGAGGAGAAGGCUGCAGCUAGGGGCGGUGGAUCCAGAGAACGUGAUGGCAGGAGCAAGGGUGAUUCGUCACAUGGCUCAUGGUCGCAGAGCAAGGGGCCGGGACCGGGAGAGAGCCAUCUCGUGCCGUCCACAGCGGAUUUGAAGGAUGAAGUGCGGUUGGCUACGGUUGACAAUUUCCAGGGCGAGGAGAGCACAGUGAUCAUCAUCUCCCUCGUACGGAACAACGGUGACGGCAAGAUCGGGUUCCUCAAGAGCCCCAACCGCACCAACGUGCUGCUCUCCCGUGCCAAGCAUGGCAUGUACAUUGUUGGAAAUGCCAGCACGAUGAAAGCUGACCCCAAGUCUGUGCUUUGGCCGAAGGUUCUGAACAUCCUCAAGAGCAAUGACCGCAUUCAGAAGUUCAUUCCGCUGCAGUGUGUAAACCACCCUGACACCAUCACGCACAUUGAGAAUGCGAGCGACUUCAAGGAGAAGGCGAGUGAGGGCGGAUGUUCUCAGAUGUGCGGCUUCAGACUCGUGCCUUGUGGACACACCUGUCCUCGCAGGGUCCUUGCUCUCUCCCCUGUGGUGCCCCCUGUGAUCGCCUCCCUUGCGACAAACGCUUCUGUGACGGGUUUUAUGCGUGAAGCAGAGCGCCUGCGUGCUGCUUCCAUGAAUCCGCCCACAUGGAAGACUUAUCAGGCGUUCAUUGCAGCUCUGCAGAGGAAGCAUGCGCUGCUGGGGGGUCCGACAUGGAGUGGUGGGAGAGGCGGGGCGAGUGGUGCUGGUGCUUUUAGUCCUGCAGCGUCGUUGGAGGAGGAAUGCCGUCUGCUCUACUGUCUUGUGGGGGCGGUGGAUUGGGCUGGCAAGCGCAAGGCACACCGGCUGGAGGCAAGGGCGCGGUUGGAGCUUGUUGCCUUGUACCGUGCAUUUGUGGAAGGGAUGAUGGCAGAGCGCCUGCUGUGGAGCUCCAUUGUUGAUCAGUACUUUGUCGUGACAGAGCGGGAAAAGGACGAGGUGUACAGGGCAAUGGGCUUUGGGGCAGGCCAUUGGUACCGGUGCCGCAAUGGGCAUGUGUAUGCCAUAGGGGAAUGUGGUGGUGCAAUGCAGGAGUCUCGCUGUCCUGAGUGUGGAGAGGUCGUGGGUGGGAGUGGUCAUCAGCUUCGAGAAGGGAACACUUUCGCAGCUGAUUUCUUCAGCGGGAAGCUGCCGGAUGUGCACUUGCUCAUCUCGUCAUGGCUGGAGAAAGGGGAGGGGAAGGACCGCACAGUCCGAGAUGAAGCUUACGAGGCGUUAGCUGGAGCGUACGCCUUCGUCGGCAUGGUGGCUCUGAUCCAGCUCAUUCGCAUUCAGCGCAGAGUGCCGGAGUACGGCUGGACCACGCAGAAGGUCUUCCACCUCCUCAACUUUGUCGUCAAUGCUUUGCGAGCCGUGGUGUUUCUCUUCCGCGAGGAGGUGGAAGUCCUUAGCGCGGGUCCCAACCAUGUAUUCGCGCACGUGCUUCUGGACCUCCCCGGUCUUCUCUUCUUCACCACCUAUACCCUCCUCGUGCUCUUCUGGGCUGAGAUCUACCAUCAGGCGCGCGGCCUGCCUACGGACAACCUGCGGCCAUACUUCAUGGCGGCCAACGUCGGCGUCUACGUGCUGCAGGCGGCCAUCUGGGGCGUUAUGUGGUUCGAUCACAAGGACAUGCUCACAAUCGACCUCAUCGCCAAGCUCUUCUUUACGGCUGUCUCGCUAGCAGCUGCGGCAGGCUUUCUGCUCUAUGGCGGAAGGCUCUUCCUCAUGCUGCGGCAGUUCCCCAUUGAGUCGCGGGGUCGCAGAAAGAAGCUUCACGAGGUUGGCUUCGUGACUCUCAUCUGCUUCUCCUGCUUCAUCGUCCGAGCUGCCGUGAUCGCCUAUUCAGCCAUUGUGAGCACGGCAUGGUUGGACGUGGUGGCAGACCCCUGGGUCAACGUCGCCUACUAUGCUUGCGUGGAGCUCAUCCCAGCAGCCCUGGUGCUUUACAUUCUCCGCAAGCUGCCUCCGAAGCGCAAUGCCAACACUCAGGCCCUGCGCUAA